GUUCAUUUCUUUCAUCUUGUCUUUCAUCUUGUCUUUAUUCUUUCCCUCCAGCAGCCGGGACAUCACGCCGGCCGGCCGACCGACCGGCAGAAUAAACGAAAGCAAAUAGCCAAUCGGCGAUCGAUCUCCGCUCCGGCCGGCGUUCCCAGCUUUUCUUUUCCUUCCUUCGGAUCCCGGACCGGUCCGCCAGCGCCGUGCGGUCUGGAGGCUAGGGGAGGCGGGCGCCGGAGAGCGGGAGGGGGCGGAGCUUCGGCGGGAGUGACGGCCGCUCGACCAACGGGAGCUCGGCCCGCCGCCGACUCCUCGGGCCAAUGGCGCGGGGCCCCUCUGACCACGUGACGCCGGUCGGCCACCCGGGCGGUUUCCGGAAGUCACCUGACCGCUCCACAUUUUUGCGGAUGACGUGGAACCUGCCGCGUCCCCCCCAAACCCACCGGCGGCGGUAACGUGAAAAAAAAAACAAACGGGGCUGACGUCACCACGCCGCUUACUUUGCUUUCGCUGUAUUUCUUUGACAUUGUCAUCCUCUCGGAAGAUUUCUUGGGUUUGCCUUCAUUCCAUUUAGUUCGCACCAACAUCAUGUUGAGCCAACGAUUCUCAGACACGUCACGUCACGAUCCAAAUGGCCAAAUGAUCCGUUCAGUACGGAAACGUACGAAAAAAGAGGACACCUUGGUGUUUGGGAAAGAAAAAUCCCACCCCUUUCCAAAUGAGCUCAAUAAAAGGCGUGUUCAUGAUGUGAAUGAGAGAAAAACAAACGUUUUGAUCCAUCAAAAGUGCCUUUAUGGCUCGAAAUGCGCAGUCAACUGAGGCCAAGUCACCCAAACAUCAGUGUUCUAUUCAAGACUGUAUCAUAAGGCCGAAUGAAUACACCGGGCAGGCGAGCAUUUAUUUCCUUUCCAACUCCAAUCCAUGCACAAUCACAUACUGACGCCUACUGGCGGCGCUAUGGUGGUAUUGCAGAUCAAUAGUGUAAUAAUCCCAAUACACAACAAUAAGGAAAAAGACACGUGUCACGUCGUUUCAAACGACAUGACAGGUUUUUUUACUGCGCACAAAAAAUAUUGCCUAUAUCAAAUCGAAUGUGUGAACAGUUGUAAUAUUGAAAAGACUCCGCAGAUACAAAAAAAAAAAAAAAAAAAAAAAAAACAAUUCAACUCGGCCGUUGAAAAAUGACUCCGUUUGAGUGUGGACGUACGGGUGUUGAGAAAGCACCGAAACAAAACGCCGAACAAGGAGCGUCCCUUCCAGCUUUGCAAAUGGAAAGUUGAAGCUGGAAGAAAGAAAAGCGAACAUCUUUUUGCUAAAUUCGCCACGAGAGAGGGGAUUUUUUUUUUUUUUUAAUCAAGCGCAGUUGUCUUUUUGUUUGAAAUCAACCGUCUACUUCCGCUUUCCGAGGGCGUUGCCUUAAGGUCGCUCACCUGUCGGUCGGUCGCGCAAGCAAACACACCUAUUGAAGUAAAAAAAAAAAAAAAAAGCCUGCCUUCCUGCCUGCCACCUUUUGUCCUUCUUCCGCCUUUGGUUUCUCGUUCGGAGCACUCGGCAGAGAAGGGAAACUGAAAAGGGGACGUAAGGGAUUAUUUUGUUGCCUGUCGCUCUGAGCCCAUUCGCCACUGUCAUCCAUUCAAACGGGGACCGCCGGCACGAUCGGACGACCCCUCCCUGUUAAGGUGGAAGGUUUUCCCUGAAAGUAACCCACCCAUUUGAAUCCCCGACCUCCCUCCGAAACGAACAUCUCGCCCGCCCUCCCGCCCAUGGACAAGUGGGCUUCGUCGUCCGAUGAGGAGGCGCGGCCGACGGGAAAGAAGGCGACGGCCCGAGCCUCGCGGGUACGGGAAAAGAGGGACCUCCAAGGAGACGAGGAGACACGUGACGACGGCUCACCAGCGACGGGCGGGCGCAGCUGCGCCCAUCGCGACGUCCUGAAAGCGGGUGUGUCUCUGGUGACGUCGGCCAUUUUCUUCCCCUUUCUGGUUUGGGGGGGCUUCGUCUUCCUGCCCUUUGACGCCCCCCCGCUCCGCGGCGCCCCCCUCAGGAUGCUGUACGCGAUGCGCUGCUCCGUCUACGCCGCCGUGCCCGUCGUCGCGGGCUGGCUGGCGGUGGGCGUGGCCCGUCUCCGCUUAGGCGUGGUCCGGCCUCUUCUGGGCCAAACGGAGGAGGAGGACGCCGAGGGGCUGGCCGUCCACAGGAGAUACACGCGCGAGUCCGUGGGCCUCUUCCUCAUGUAUUUCCUGCAGCUGUCCGUCACAGCCGUUUACCUGAGCCAGGAGCAUCUGAAGCUGGUGCCUCUGCUCGCCGUCAUCUUCGCCCUCGGACGGUCGAUCUACUGGGUAGCGGCGGCCUUCGGCAGCAGCGUCCGGGCUUUCGGGCUGGGUCUGUCCUUCCUGCCCGCCGCGGCCCUGGCGGCGGCCAACUUGGCCUUCGUCUUCACCGCGGAAUCGUCCUCGGCGGUCUUCGGCUCGCCUGCGCUUCCCGAGGCGCCCGUCGGCCGACGGAGGUUCUGGGGAUGAAAGCCGAACGGCUCCUUUUAAUCACCGCCGGCAUUUUCCAAAUAAAAUUUUUAGGACGACGAUCCGAGACGAGUCCUUCCUGGCGUUGAACCGAUGCCGUUUUUUGGCCCCCCGAUACCCGGCCGUACUGUACAGAUAGCAACAGUCUUGAAACAAAUGUGGUUUGACGACACACUCACUUAUAUUGAAUGAAACUUUAUUUUCGACCCCUAUUUAGAUGAUUUGAUGGAUGUCCAAGCAUCUGCCGUUUACUCCUCGUCUGUCAUCAAAGGUGUUAGAUGUCCUCCUCGCUGUCACCUUCCCACUACAAACAGAUUGGACAUCUACGAGUGAUACUCUUUUGAAUUCACAGUGGCCAGCGGUCGGUAACGAGAUGAAGGAAUCUGACCUUUUAGCCAGACCCGCGUCGGCGCCGCUCCGACGACCCGGCCUAUAGGCCAAACUCUGCGCGUUCGUUCACCUUAGUCUUAACCCCUUGUACUGACUCCAUUUCUAAAGCUGGAAAAGGGCUUCAAAACACCCGUUGAUCAUUUAUUCAGAGUUGACAGCGAUCAAACGGCAAGGCAAAAGAGCGACAGACCCGUGUGAGGAGGAGACUCGGGGUCACCCUAUCACAAGUCAACAAAAGGUUCCUGAGAAAAUGACAAGGAUUGGUUAAACAUUCUUUUUGAAGGCUCUGGCGGGGUGGCUGUGGGCAGGAAGAAGGGUGUGUUUGAGUAUUGUUUAGGAUGAUCUUAUAUCGCAGUUUGGUCUGUUUAGUUCGUGCGUCACAGUUGCUGAGUCACCGUUACGGAGGCGACCGGGGUGGGAGAUUUUGUCCGCCUCAGCAUCAAAGGGGCACUUGGAGUCUUAUCAAUCGUGUUAUCACUUGGAUAUUGGGCCGGUGUUCCUCAUAGGACAGGAUGUCCCGCCAUUUUUUCUGGACUGUCCGGAAGAACCGAUUGCGGGAUUUGGUGUCGGAUACGUGGUCUUGUUGAUGUCUGGCCUAACACCUGGUAGUCAGCGUCCAUCUCGCUCAGGCAGCUGCAUGAGGCACGCGUCGGGCUUCCGCCGUCACGAGGCAUCAUGUAUCUCAUAUACCCUAUGUCAAAUAUAUUCUGCUUGUUUUCCUUACACAAGGAUAUAAAUGCUAUUCAUUUUACAUUUGGGUACCUUAGAGCAGGUACCUGUCCAUGGCGCAUUUGGUACCGGGCUGCGCAGAAAUAAUUAUUAACGACUGCAUUCUGGCCAAUGGACUUUGGCCUUUGCCGCUUAACACACCAAUAUCCCUGUCUACUCUAGAUAUACAACUACAGGAUAGGUGGUCGUCAUAGAAAUGCAUUGAUUGGACUGUUAACAGUACAUCUUGUUUUCUAUAUCUAUGUGCACUUGUCCUCAAUAAUAACUUGUGACGUAGGUUGUUGCCCAUCACAUUUGUUACCGGAAAUAAUUAGCCCCCACACUCGAAAGAUUGGAAAAACAAACGUCUUUGGACAGAUUUUUUACAAGGAAAAAGGAACCCGACGAGCCAGAAGAUGAGCCUACAACCUCGAAAAAACAAAAUCUACGCUACUUCCCAAUCACUAAAGACCCACGAACUGCGAAGGAGUGGAUUCGUGACCCGUGUGUGAAUAAACCGAGUGAUUCGAGCAUGUCUCCGCAACAGCUUGUAUAGAUCGCAAAUCACGGUGACCUUAAACGUACAUUUGAGACAACAACUUUACCGAGGUUCUGGAUUAAAGUCAUUUCGGAAUAUCGCUAGGAGAGCACUGAAAACUGUGCUACAAUUCCCAACAUCUUAUCUUUGUGAAGCGGGCUUCUCUCACCCACCCAUCUCGGGACCACCUCGUCUCAACGAAACAAGCUCAGGCCUCCCGCGGAUUCAGCAGCGGGUGAGUUGUAUUUUCCCUGCGCUUAACACGACGGGGUUAAAAACAAAUGUUAUUUUAUAUUUGCUCUAUUUUUCUGCCGCACAUUGUUCUGACAAUUUUUCCACGCGCGUAACGUUAAAAAUGACCGACAAUGCAGCGAUUCCAAAGCAACGCUACAAACCGUCUUUAAAGAAAGGAAUAGUAACUUACGUUUGCCAUGUUAGCCGCACACAACAACUGCACGCAGCUCUCUCACGACUUCGCCGUGUCGUUAAGCAUUCAUUUAUGCCAUUUUCGUGUCGCACAUGUACGUUUAUGACGUUAAUUGUUUUUUUAGCACCGCUGGAUAACAUUGAGAGUCCAACUGAAAAUAAGAGUGCUUUUUUCACCGCCACAAAAGCUUUGGGGUGCAAAAAUUGACAAAACACUGGUCCGUGAAAAAAAGCCCCAAAUCACACCGGUCCGUGAUGCAAAAAAGGUCGGGCACCCCUGUCUUAGAGUAAUAUCGUCAAAGAGUAAAUAAGAGGACAGGUACUAUUCCCAUCAAAGAUUUCCCAGAUUAUGUGGUCUGUGUCAUCGGCACGCUCGUUCUUAGAACUCCCCCGUACCGAUGAUGGCAUUUUUGCGCCGAACGUGCGACACAAUUCCUUCUGGACGUGCCUGCAGAAAAUAUUGCUCGGAAAAUGAGCACGGUUCUGACACGCACAAAAAAAAACUAGGCCGGUAAACAUUUCCGGUACGAGUCCGGCCAUUUUAUUCCCGUAAAAGUCGAGGCCGGUUUCUGACUCAGCUUACGUACGGCCGUUAAGGAGGGGGGAAAAAACGUCAGCGCUGUUCUUCCAAAGGCGGCUCGUCUUCGGAGCCGGCGUGCCGGGCCGCGCUCUGGAAAAGACGCAUCAAGUCCUGAAAGCGUUGAGAAACCUGCAAUGCGAGCGCAAAAGGGGCGUCAGACGGGCGAACGUGUCCGGUGGCGGGCGGCCGCUCACCUCGCCGGGCGUCUUGUUGCCUAACAGAGCAGAGAUGCCCUGGAAGGUGUCGGGAUUGGCCCCCUCCCGUCGACACGUGGUCAAAAUGACCCGAUCGGCCUCCCUGAAAAAGAAGGCGCGCGAGAUUGAGCGCGUCCGCCCUUCCUCCCGGACCGGCCCCGGCUCACCUGGUCCACAGGAUGACCUUCUCUCCGCUGGGCGUCAGAGAAAUGUUUUUGGCACACACGGGCGGUUCGGCGGAAGGGACUUCCUCGUCCCGUUUCCUCUUGGGAGGCGGAGAGUCCGUCUCGUCGUCGUCCGCGGACCGUCGCCGCGUAGAUACGUCGGGCGCCGCGCAAACGUAAAGCGGGUCGGCGCUCUCCGAGACUCCGGCCGCGCCCC